UCUUAGCCGUGGGAAAACGCUCCAGAUCGCGUAAAAUAACCCCAUUAAAAUUAGAUCUCCGCAGCAAUUGUGUUUGUGUAAUGUGUCUUAAUCUAACCAGCGUGUUGAUUUUGCUUCGAAUCGGAUAAUUUUAAUUUUUAAAAAAACAUUUUUCGCUGUACGACCGGCGCGAUCAGCGGGAACGAUCUGUGGGAGCAAUCCUACGUUCACCCGCUGGAGUAUGUAUUGGAUCCAUUGAUAAAACAUUACGUGAGUAAAGUUUUGAGGUUUAAAUAACCUUCGGUGCGAUCUCUGUGUUUAAAGUGCACCCUUACUUCCGGUAUCUUAGCCGUGGGAAAACGCUCCAGAUCGCGUAAAAUAACCCUCUUAAAUGAGAUUUUCGCAGCGAUUAUAUUUCUGUACUUUGUCUUAAUCUAACCAGGGUGUUGAUUUUGCUUCGAAACGGAUAAUUUUAUUAUUUUUAAUAUUUUUUUCGUAGUACGGUCGGCGCGGCCAGCGGAAGUGAGCUUCUGAGAGCCACCCUACGUGUCCCCGCUGUAAUAUGUAUUGGGCCAAUGAAGAGACACUACGUGAUGACGUUUUGAGGUUUAAAUAGGCUUCGGAGCGCUCUGUGUUUAAAGUGCGUUGUGACUUCCGGUUUUUUAGGCGUGGCAAAACGCUCCAAAUCGCAUAAAAUAGCUAUUAUAAAAUUAAAUCUUCGCAGCGAUUAUAUUUCCGUACCAUAUCUUAAUCUAAUCAGGGUGUUGUGUUCGCUUCGAGUUGGAUAAUUUUUGAAUAUUCUUCCGCGGUACGGCUGGUGUGAUCAGCUAGAACUUGGGGAGGAAUAGGAGGUGCCCAUACUGAGGUAUUUAUUAAUUCCCUUGAUAACGCAUUAUAUGAGAAGUUAUUUAAGGAAAUGGGUUAUUUAUUUAUGUAUUUAUUUAUUUAAUGUAUUUAUGCUGAUAGUUUGUGAUUUGAGAGAUAUCGGUUAUAAUGUGUAGUAGUUAGGUUAUAAUCAGGUUAGGGUUAAGAUUAAAUUAUGCUACUUAGUUAUUUAUUUCUUUAUUUAGUUAUUUAUUCACGUUUAUUUACUUUUAUUUAUUUUUCUAUUUAUAGUGCGGGAUAGGUUUAUGAUUUGGUUGUAAUUAGGUUAUAAUUAGGUUAGAUUACGAUAUGGCAGUCUUACGAUGACUAUGAUACGGUUAAGGUCAAAUUAUAUUUUUAAGUGGGAUUAAGUUAUAGUUUCUGGUUCAGGCUUACGAUGGGGGGAUUUGGACAAGACCUUGUUGGUUGUAGCAGUUGAAUGUAGAAGUUGUUUUUAGGUCUAAGUCGCUACCUCUGAGUGAGGCAUUGCUGGCGAUGUUUGGCUAUAACUCCACCCGAUCUUGGGCUUUCUUCUUCUGGGCUUUCUUCUUUCCAGCAGGUUUUAUCCCGCAUGUCGGAAUGAUAGGUUAAGCAGAAUAAAGAAUGGACUACCUGUCUGGGCAGUACAUUCACCAUGCCUGUCUGGGCUUGUUUCUCCUCACCUAUCCAAUGGUCCUCCUACCCCCAAUCCAAAAGAGCAGGAGAGACCAAUAAUCUCCUCACCCUCAAUCCAAAAGGAUAGGAGACUGGACAGAUGUGGUCGAUGGACAUAAUUGUCGUCGAAGCUCACGGCCCACCAACGACUAAGGUUACUUUGACUCAGAUAGCGUGCUCGGUCCGAAGGCUCUGGCUGGUUUAGGUUUUGGUAAGAAUACAAUGAUCCCCCCCAUCACAAUAAUCCAUUGCGUGGUUGAAUAGGGAUCCAAGGAAGGUGCACGGGCCGGCGCUUGUUAAGCAUAGCUAUCGUUAAUGCAGCAGACCCCGGCUUGGCGUCUGCUGAUUUAACAAAUCCAAUCGAGUCUAACUUGAUUAGUUUUUAUAGUUGGUGGGUCACGAGCUAGAUUUCAAUGGACUGUGGAGAUGGUAUUCAGUUGGAGAUGGUGAUUAGUUGUCUGGGGCUAAGAUGUUCGCCAUGAUUGAGGCUUCGCUGAUGACAUUUGGCUGUAACUCCACCUGAAGUUCGGUUUUCUUCUUUUAUUCACAGUUGGGUGUAGAAGUCUUUUAGGUCUAAGUCAUUCCUCCUGAGUGAGGCUUUUCCUGAUGAUAUGUGGCUGUAGUUCUACCCAAACUUGGGCUUUCUUCUUUAUCUGUAGUUGAGUGUAGAAGUGGUUGGGGCCCAAGCUGUCACUUCUGAUUCAGGCUUUGAUGAUGGUGUUGGCCUUGAUUUUAUGAUUUAUUUAUUUAUUUAUUUAUUUAUUUUAUGCGAGUCCGGCUACAGCUUGGAAUAGGCUAUGGAUAGAUUUUAGCGGUUGAGGUUACGGUUAAUUUUGGGGGGUUAGAGUUUAUGGUUAGGGUGAUGGUUAUGGUUAGGAUUAGGUUAUAAUUUAUUUAUUUUAUGUGUGUGCAGUUACAGUUUGGGCUGGUUAUGUUUAGGUUUAGAGGUUGGGGUUAGGUUAAGUUUUAGGGGUCAGAGGUUACGGUUAGAGCAAUGGUUAUGGUUACGUUUUCAGGAAUUAGGAUCAGGUUAUAAUUUAUUUAUUUUGCGUGUGUCCAGCUACAGUUUGGGAUAUUUUAUGGUUAGGUUUAAAGGUUGGGGUUAGGCACGUUUGGUUAGGCGCAUUUGGUUAGGAGUGUUCGGUUAGGAGCGUUUUGGUUAGGAGUGCUGACAUAUUUAGCAUCUAAUAUCUGAAUUUCUGACAGAUUUUCUAAAUUUUAAGGGAACAAAAAAAACAAUGUGUGCUUAUGCAAUCAGACGUGCAUCCGCUGAAAUCUGUCAUAAAUCCAUUCAUAAACAAUGACGUGUGAAGUUUUGUGUUUAAAACGGGCUCCGCUGCGAUUUCACUAUGCCUGGGGAAGCCCAAUACUGAGCCCCCUUAUGGAGCUCAGUUCAGGGGAAAAGUCUCUGGAAGUUUGUCACUUUGCACGAAAAUAGUGCACAUCACCCGGGGAAGCCCAAAGCUGAAAGCUCUUAUGGAGCUCAGUUCAAGGGAAAUGUCUCUGGAAGUUGGUGAUUUUGUACGAAAAUAGUGCACCAUGCCUGUGGAAGCCCUUUGCUGAAAGCCCCUCUGGUUCUCAGUGUCUCUUGGUUUUUUUUCUAAGUCCAAAAUUUUUUCUGUCCGGUUUUCACCUCCGGGGUGCAAGAACCAGGCACUUUUCCCAAUUUUGUAUACGACCCGAAGUGCACCCCGUCGACCACUUUCGUGCCUUGACCCUUGACUGGAAGACGUUUGCGCAUGGGGUUUAUCAGAGGGGUGCCGUUGGGCCAGUGAGCGAUCGUAGGAAUUGAAGGGGUCCAAGCACUUUAUGAUGGCGCUUAUGCUGGGAGACUCCGUCCGAGAGAAGAGACCCUGAAGGCAGUUUCUAUGUCUUUCUCUAGUGCUUGGAUACCCCUGGAGCUUCUGAUUUUUUUUCAUUUUCAUCAUUUAAAAAAAAAAAUUUUCUUUCAUUUUUCAGUCCUCACUGGUGGUAACGUUGAUGGGAGUGAGUCAGAGGCCCGGAGGCGAGACCGUGAAGACGGCUACUAUGUCUGUUUCUCGUGGCCCUCCUGGAGGACGAAUUAUCUUUCUUGUGGGUUUUUUUUCUAAGUCCGGUUUUCACCUCCGGGGUGCAAGAACCAGGCACUUUUUCCAUUUUGCUUUCCGACCCGAAGUGCACCCCUCUGGCCCCUUUUGCUGGAUGAUCCACGACUGUGUUUACGUGUUGUGAUAGUUGUUCAUGAGUCAAGGGACAAGGAUUUGUCCUGAGCAGUUAAACUCCCCACUGUUCUUCCGAAAAAUCCUCCAGGUCCUGCACAUUCUUUGCGUUUCUUCUGCAUAUUUGAGCCCUUUCCAACAGCGGCUAUAUGAGGUUGAGAUCCGUCUUUUCACACUGAGGACAACUGAGGGACUCGUACACAACUAUUACAUAAGGUGCAAACAUUCACUGAUGCUCAAGAAGAUAACAUGAUACAUUAAGAGCCAUGGGGGUGUAAACUUUUUAACAGGUUGAUCAGUGUAAAUUGUUAUUAUUUUGUCUUCUGGGAGACAUGUAACGAUCUUAUUUAACUUCUGAAGGGCAGUACUAAAUAAAUAAUAAAGCUCUUUAAACAAAAUGAUAACAAUUUGUGAAACAAGGGACUCAUAAACAACUAACACAAACCAUAAAAACAGUCAUUGAUCAUACAGGUAACAACACAGUUGUGUGAAAUAGCUUAUUCAGAACAGGACUAAAUAAACAACAUGGGAUUUUUAUGAUCAAUCUUAUUUUGUUAACAGUAUUAAGAUUUAGCAGAUUCUGCAAGGGAUUGGCACCCUGUCCAGGGUGUACCCUGGCUUGUGCCCGAUGCUCCCUGGGAUAGGCUCCAGGUUUCCCUGUGACCCUGAAAAGGAUAAAGCGGUAUAGAAGAUGGAUGGAUGGAUGGAGAUUCUGCACAGGUAUAGAAACAUUUGGGCAUAACUGUAUAAACACAGGAUAGAGAUUUUAAGUGGGUGACUCUAUCCCUAAUGAGCAAGCUGGUCACGACGGUGGCAAGAAAAAACUUGAAGAAACCUUGAGAAAAAGCAGACUCGGAAGAGUCUGGUGUAACUAAAAUUUAAACGAGGCUGAUGUACACCAUGAACUUGAUCUACAGCCAUUUCCCUUAGGAACUGUGACAUUUCUUUACUGACUCAUUGUUUUAGGGCAGUGAUUAAUUGUUUUGAUCCUUUUUUUUAGCCUUCUGGUUUUUAAAAACAUCUUAAAACUCUUGCAAAAUAUGUUUGAUGUGCGUGAAAUUAAAAGCAGAACUUUAGAUCACCUUUACUGAGGUUUGUAAUAUUUAAUUGUAAUUAAAACUUGAUUGUAAAUGUGUAAAUGGUGCACUUAUAUAGCGCUUUUAUCCAAAGCGCUUUACACUAUGUUUCAUUCACCCAUUCACACACACACACACACACUCACACACCAAUGGUAGCAGAGCUGCCAUGCAAGGUGCUAAUUUGCCAUCGGGAGCAACUUGGGGUUCAGUGUCUUGCCCAAGGACACUUCGGCAUGUGGAGUCGUGGGCCGGGAAUCGAACCUCCAACCCUACGAUGUGUGGUAGGGUUGGAGGUUCGAGGUACACCAUGUGUUGUGUAAAGUUUUAAAUGCAUUAAACACCAACUAAGCCCAAUCUGCAACAGUCCCGCUUUAAUCCUAAUGAUACACCCCUGUGUUUAAUGCAGAACUUUAACACAAAACUAGAUGUACAGGUGUUUAUGAAUGAACGUUUAGAAACAUUCAUUACAUAUGAACAGCCUUCAUGUGAGCUUCAGCUAAUAAUGACAGGUGACUGAGUUUUUUUUUUUUUUUAAUAAUUUUUUAAAUUAGAAUUUAGAACUAGAAUUUAGAACUUCGAAUUCCUGAUCAGUAAUGAUUUCAUUAACAAUAAGAGCUUUAGACAUCAGACUUAUGCGCGUUGUUGUUAUUCUCUGUUGACUGUGUAUUUCUCUGUCUGAUCAUCUGCAGUUUAGGGAGGGGGGUCUUCUCUCAGUAUCUUCACCAGAUCACGAGAUCAUCAGAAAUUAGAUAAAAUUCUGAAGGACUUCCUUCUUCCGGAACUCAAAAAAGAUGGGGUGAAGCUUUAUCUCCAGAAGAUCAGAAAAGUUGCUUCAGAUCACAGGGGCUCAGAGAUUAAACUGAAAAAGGUGGAAAAUUAGUUUCAAGGUCGGAACUUUGAAAGAAACAUCGUACAAAGAUGAGCCCGAGAUAUUCGAGGAGUGGGAGCAGUUCUACCUCCCAGAGCACAUGUUCAUGGAGGUGAUUGGUGUUGUUGAGAAGUUCCCCUGUAACUCCGCCAAUGAUGAGCUGGUGCUGAUGGUGUGUGAGGACGGGAAGGUGUUUACUUUUGAAGGUAACAGGCUGCAUCUCGUCUCUAACAACCUGGAAGAGCUGUUUAAGAAUGGUCUCCAGUUUCCAGGAACCGAACAGUAUUACCGUGGGCAAAGCUUUGAGGACCUGAGCGAUGAUGAUUGGGACAAGGUGAGGGAGUCAAAAGAAGUGAAGGUGAAGAUGAAGGCUCACUAGGAAAUGCUGGUGAGUAUGAAGGUCUCCUAUCAACAACCUGGACAGAAUCAUGGGGAGAGAGCGAGAAGUGCCAAUCCCUUUUCCUUAGGGAAAGCCAUUAGUUCCUGUUUGAAACAUGCAGUAAGAUUAAAAUCAUCUGGGUUUGGAUCACAUGUGUGUAAUUUAUUUAAGCCUUGAAGCUGACUGUAAAAUCUUGCUGAUGUCCCACACGGUUCAAGUAAAUAAUAAAAUCUUUAUUAAUCAGAGAAUCUUGUUUUUGUUAUUUGAUGUGUUUCAGUUGCAGUUUAAAAAUGAGCCGUUAAAAGGAGGUGUGCGAGUGUGUGCGCGCGAGUGUGUGUGUGCGAUUGUGUGUGCGAGCGUAAUAUGUCGUUUAGAGGUGAAGAGACAGGACACAAUCCCAUGAGAUCAGCGUGUUUAUUAGGGCAAAUACAAAAAUCAUCGUCACGGAUCAAAGUGUAGCCAGUUAAAAAGAUUAAACUACUGAACUGGAAAAGAAGAACCCAAAUUUCAGGAAAACACUGGUUUAACCUCCUGGGAAACCGCUCUACCCUGGAAAUAAUCUAAAUUUAAUCCAUAGCAAUAAAUAAUUUCAGGACAUGUGGUCAUGAUUAUUACAGAACAGUGAGAAAUAGUUCCAUUCUACACCUCUCUUUGGAUCAAAUAUUUAUUCAUCUAUCUUGUUAGAAAUCUUCAUCCUCAAUUCUCUCUAUAGCAGGAAAAAAAGUGUUAUUUAGAGUGUGUAGUGUAAUGAUAUAAAAUAUCCUAUGACACUUUUUGUAAUAAAGUAAUAUCUGUAAUAAAACAUACGUAGACCACACUAAGUAAAGAACAUUAUUAGCAUUUCAUCUAAAAUGUCAUGGCGUCAAAACUUAUAGCAGCGGUCAUCAGUGCAGAAUUUAUUUCUGAUGUAAAACGGCUAAAUGUUUUAAAAGGUUACUUAAAGUGGACAAGUUUAAUUACUUUCCUCACCAAAAAGCUGGAAAGGUAAUGUUUAUCUGCAUAAACAUACAUCUAUCUCUAUCUAUAAAGCUAUUAAACAAAUAAAUAGAUAUACAACCAUUAUUAACUAUUUCAUUAUCAAUAUUAAAUCAUUUUAAUGUAGAAUUAAUUCCAUUUGGGAAAUUCACCCUGGGAGGUGGGUUUUUUCCAGGAAAAUAAACAGUUCUUUAUGAUGGACGUGUGCAUUUUGGACAUGCGCAGGACUUAAAGCUGUUUUUAAAGCAUUUCACAGAGACUGAUCCUGAACUGCAGGUUUAUGUCAGGUUCACUGCAUCCUGUAUGUAUCCGUGGUUACAGAAUUAGAAUUGGAACCUUGGAAUCAUGAGCUGUUAUUAUUCUGAAAUCCAGAAUCGGAACAUUCCGGAGUAUAAAAGCUGAUCUGCAACAACACAAUCCAAAUUCAGAUGAAAGCUGUACAUUCAGUAGCUCUGACCUGCACAAAAACACUGGACACAAUAUGGUGGACCCGGUGUCCUGCAAUAUCCUCAAUGAGCUGCGGUUAGAGAAGCAGCUCUGUGACGUAGUCAUCAUGGUGGACGGCGCCGAGUUCCACAUGCACAAGAUCAUCCUGUGCGGCUGCAGCCCGUACUUCAUGGCUCUCUUCAACCACGCCUGGUACCCUCCUGAUAAGCUCAGGUACAGCAUCCCUAUUUCUGCCGAGAUAAUGGAGCUGAUCGUGGAGUACGUGUAUAUAAGACGUGUUAACAUCACGGAGAAAAACGUGUGUAAACUGCUGAUCGCUGCUGAUUAUCUGUUGGUGACCAGCCUGGUGAAUCAAUGCUGCGCAUUCCUGAAGGCUCACCUGUGUCCAGAGAACUGCGUUAAGAUCUGGCAUUUUGCUCACUCCUACUUCUGUGAGACGUUGGAGCAGCAGGCCUUCCUGUUCAUCUUGCACAACUUUGAGGAGGUGGUGCGCCUCUCUGAGGAGUUCCUGUACCUGACGGUCGAGCAGCUGAGCGAGAUCAUCGAGAAGGACGAACUGAUUGUGAAACGGGAGAGCGUGGUGUUCGAGGCCAUCUUACAGUGGAUCAAACGUGCGCCAUGGAAACGAAAAGCGCACAUAGGAGUGUUACUGCCCAAGGUGCGUCUGGGGCUACUGCCGCACGAUUACCUUAUGAACAAUGUGAGCAACAACGUUUUAGUGAUGGACGACGUGACAUGUAAGCCGAUUGUCACCAGCGUUCUGAUGGGCAUCGAUGACCUCAACCCGAGCCUUUUUCUCAGCUCUGAUCUCACGAGACGCCGCCUGCCCAGCGCCGUUCUGCUGGCCAUCGGUGGCUGGACCCCAAGGGGUGUCACCAAUACCAUAGAAGCGUAUGAUACGCAAGCGGCACGCUGGGUCAACUUCACGUACAACGACAAGAUUCCACGAGCCUCUCAAGGGACGGUGUAUCUGAACGGCUUCAUGUACUGCAUCGGAGGAUUAUACAGGAUGAAAUUGCCAUACUGGAUGAGAUUCACACGCAGUGUGAGAAGGUUUGACCCAGUCACCAGAAUCUGGGCUCACAUGAGCCCCAUGCAUUCUCGCCGAAAUGACCUGAGCGUGUGUGUGCUGGACGGUUGUAUCUAUGUGAUGGGAGGAUUUGAUGGCAUUGAACAUCUGAAUACGGUUGAGCGAUAUGAACCUGAGAAUGAUAAGUGGAGCAUGAUCGCGCCAAUGCACGAUCGAAGGAGCGAAGCAAGCGCUACAGUACUGAACGGCAAAGUGUACGUAUGCGGAGGGUUUGACGGGAGCGAGCAUUUGUUCACGGGGGAGUAUUACAGUCCUCAGACGGGAGCGUGGACCCUCAUCCCCCCCAUGAUGAUCAGUAGGCGUGGACUGGGCGUGGUCGCAUACGGAGGACAGGUUUACGCUGUCGGGGGAUAUGAUGGUAAUAAUAAGCUAAGCGAUGUAGAGGUGUAUAAUCCUCAGACCAACGUGUGGAGAAAAGGUCCAGCCAUGAAAAACCAGCACAGUCACUUCGGCAUUGCGGUGCUGGACGAUCUCAUAUUUGUUGCUGGAGGAAUUACCCACACUACGAUCAUGGAUGAAGUGGAGUGUUUUGAUGAGAAGACUUCUGAAUGGCAUGCAGUUGAAAACAUGGGGAUUUCCCGCCAUUCUCUGAGCUGCUGUGUGCUGUGUGGUUUACCCAACAUGGCCGAGUACACUGUGCCCCAAGACAAUCCCUACAGAAUCCCUCAGAGCUCAUGGAGCACCUGAGGCUACCUCACACCUCCUGCCAACGUCUGAGACGUACAAAUAAACCUCUCCCUUCAUCAGCAUCCUUUUGUUCUCGAAAAUCAAAUGAAACAUUCUGAAGCAGUCAAACUACUGAAUUUGCCUUUUGUUUAUUCUCUUAUGCUGCAAGCUGUUGUACUGAAACUCGUAAAACCACAACGUCCCUCAUGGAGACGUGCGAUGGAACAGUUAACGUCCACCGUCUUGAGAUCUCACACACACACACACACCUGACAUCACAAUGACAUGGCGCCGCUCACGUGGUCAACACUAAACAGAAUUCCCUUCACGUUAUUUUCUAUGUGAUGAAACUCGACUUUGUUGACUUGUAGCUUUUGUGUCGUACGUUUAGUUUCAUGAAGUAAUUCCGCAGAUUUUAGCCCAAAGUCACUAACGUGAAAAAAUCACUGUAACGGAUCAUUUUUACGAGCAAAGAUGAAGACAGGGGAUGACGAUUAUACAUCAUUUCUCUCUGUACAUCACAGAAAUAAUUCAUGUAGAUCUUAUUAAUAUGUUUAUCAAAUUCAUAUAUGACCUUUCUCCGAGUAUCCACCCUUAUUUCCGAGCCAGGUUCAAUUACACCAGGUUCAAUUACACUACACUAAAACAAGAGAAAAAAACAUGGAUUAGGAAUAAAGGACAUAAAAUAAUGACAAAGAGUGAAGGAAAAGGAGAGCGAGAGAUUGAUAGAGAGAGAAUAUGUGGGUGUGUGUGUGUGUGUGUGAGAGAGAGAGACAGAGAGAGAGAGAUGAGAAUGAGAAUUAAAUAGAAAGAAUGAAAAGCAGAAAUCAAAAGGGAAAAAGGCAAAAAGUUUGAAACAAAAAAGAAAGAAGAAAAGAAAUGUAAAAAAUAACAGAAAGAAAGAGCAAAAAAGGAACAAUAAAAAUGAUAAAUCUGAAAGAGAAAGAAAACGUGUUAGAGGAAUAAAAAAGGUAGGACACAACUGUUAAAGAGCAGGAGAAACCGUGGAAAAGAAGAGGAAGAGAGGCAGAUAAAGAAAAAAGGAAAGAGAUGAAGGAGAAAAGAGUGAGAGAGGGAUGAAAGAAAUGAAGAAAGAGAGAUUAGCGUGUCACCUUGAAGAAGUCGGUUUUGUCGGCGAUGUACUUUAACAUCCCCUGUAUGAGAGGCGGCCUGGUCACCACGGCAACACGACCCUGGCUCGGGCUCAUCGGCUGGGUAGAGUCGGCCACGCCCACCCGUUCUGCGUCAGACCCACCAGGUCCUUGAGGAGAGAGACGGCGCGGAUGCUAAAGUCCAGCUCAGAGAAACAGGCGUUCAUCAGAGACUCGAGCCACUGAGGAGGCAGAGUCACACGGCCGCUGUCUGACAUCACCAUCAUCACCACACACACACGUUAUUAAAAUCAUAUUAUUAACUAUUAUUGUUGAUGUUGAUAUUCAUUUAUAAGUAAUUAUACACUGUAAUUAGUAAUAAUAAACAGCAAAUAAUAAAUCAGUAAUAUUACAUAAAAAGUCUCUCUCUCUCUCUCUCUCUCUCUCUCUCUCUCUCUCUCUCUCUCUCUGUCUGCCCCGUCCUGUCUGGAUGUCCCAGUCAGCAAGGACGUGUUUGAGGACAGGGAAAGUCCCUCUGCAGUUCCUUCUCCAGAGAACAGCUUUACAGAUUUUAUAAUGAGGCUAGGCUAACUAUGCUAACAGGCUGAGCACAAACCAGAGCACCAGGAGUCACAUUCUGUGCUACAAUGUGAUGUUGCUCUCCCUUACAGUUUGCCUUGAUUUGCCUUGAUACGUUUACACUUUUACAUUGCACAAAUUUGUAACAUUUUAUUUAUUAAGUUCAAGAGUUCAAGUUUCUUUGACACUUGUUUAUUUAAUCUUCAUUUAAGAUGAAAGAGAAGAUAUUUGUUUAAAUUAAAUUUUGUUUUUGACUGUUAAAAUUUGAGAUGCACCGAUGUAUCGGCCGUUAAAGGCAAUUUUUUUACGCUAUCGGUCGAUAGAUUAAAAACAUCCAAUGAUCAGGGCCGAUUAUAUCCUGUCAAUCAAAAGAGGGCGGGAAAACACAUCGAAUUCAUGCUGUGUGUAAAGAGGUCUCUUCUGUGGAAUGACGACAAAACUGCACUCUGUAAUAAUUUUACACCGGAAGUGAACAGAAAAUGAAACGGGAGUUUCUGCGUCGAGUCAAGUUUUUAUUUUUAUUUAUUUUUUGCCACACUACUCCAGCUGUUUGCACUGAAUUAAAGCGCCAGUACACCACUAUAAGAUUUAAAUGAAG